AUGGCCUCUCCUGGAGAAGAUGACGGUGUCGUCGAGGUCUCGUCGGAUUCGGAGGGCACAGGAGACAAGAAGCGCAAACGACUAAAGGGCGAGCGCAUAGCCUUCGACGAUGAGGAAGACUCCGACGCCGCCUACAACUCUUUCAAAAAGCGCAAGAGCGAAGUGAGAAAACAGGCCAUCGCCAGUACAAAGCGUGCAAAAGCCAAAGCCUCCAAAGGCUCGGUGGUGGGCAAAAAGCCAAAGACCGUGAUUGCGCUGAAAGGCAAGCGGAAGGUGUACGAUGCGCCGUCCGAUGACGAGACCGACAUGAUGGAGCAGACUCUUCCCCAGUACCUACAGGAACGACGGAGCUCAUGGGCGGAUAGACGGGAGAAACUAGGAAAUGCCGGACUGCAGCUCCCUCCUGAUUACGACGAGGUCUACUUCUCUGGUGAUGAGAAGCUGGAGCUCCUCAAAGAGAGGCCGAACUUCAAGGGUGCCAUACCACAGAGGGAAUACGCCGACAUCCAACUGCCGUACUCUCUCGGUAUCAUCCCUGCCGCCGUGGCUCAAUGGCUACGGGAGUAUCAAGUCAAGGGAGCGGCCUUCUUACACGAGCUUUUCGUCUACCAAAAGGGCGGCAUUCUGGGUGAUGACAUGGGUCUGGGCAAAACGAUCCAAGUCAUCGCCUUUCUCACCGCAGCGUUCGGCAAGACUGGCGAUGAACGCGAUGACAAGCGCAUGCGGAAGAUGCGGCGCCUCGGCGAUGAAACCUGGUACCCACGAAUCCUCAUCAUCUGCCCCGGCACUUUAAUGGAAAACUGGAACUCGGAGCUGGAGACUUGGGGUUGGUGGCACAUACAGAUCUAUCACGGGACCCCGGCUGCGAAACAGGCUGCGCUCGCUGCCGCCCACAGCGGGAGGCUCGAGAUCAUGAUCACCACAUAUUCAACUUACCGUCUGGAUCACAGCGCCAUCAAUGGCAUUCGAUGGGACUGUGUUGUUGCCGACGAAUGCCACACCAUCAAGGAGCGAAAGUCAGAUGUCACACACACCAUGAACCAGGUGAAUGCGCUCUGUCGAAUCGGCCUCACUGGCACAGCCAUCCAGAACAAAUACGAAGAGCUGUGGACCCUGCUCAACUGGACGAAUCCGGGUCGUCUGGGGCCCAUGAGUACGUGGAAGCAACUCAUCUGUUUGCCUUUGAAGUUUGGGCAGAGCCACGAUGCGACCAACUCGCAACUGUCCAAAGGUCGACGCACUGCGGAGCGGUUGGUGAAGAAUCUACUUCCCCAAUUCUUCCUGAGGCGGAUGAAGAGCCUCAUCGCCGACCAACUACCGAAAAAGAGCGACCAAGUCGUAUUCUGUCCCAUGACCGAGAUCCAAGCCGAAGCCUACAACAACUUCUGCGACUCCGAGCUCGUACAAACCAUCUUCCAUGCUAGUGACCCCUGUCCUUGCAAGUCAAAGAAGAAACAAGGCUGGUGCCAUCACGCUCUGUAUGAGGGCAAGAAGUGGCAGGACUACGUCUUUCCCUGCCUGAUGAUGUUGCAGAAGCUUUCCAACCACGUUGCUCUCCUGAUGCCGUCCGGCGAGGCUGACCUAGAGCGGCACGAGAAGGACUUGGAGCUUGCUAAAAUGGCUCUUCCGGAGUCGUGGCGGGACUUGUAUCGCCACCGAGAAAACAUCAAAACCUACGCCAACAUCGACUUUUGCGGCAAGUGGAAGAUCUUGAAGAAGAUGCUGAAGUAUUGGUACGACAACGGCGACAAAGUCCUCUUGUUCAGCUAUUCAGUCAGAUUGUUGAAGAUGCUGAACAUGCUCUUCCAAACCACGACGACAUACAACGUGUCAUAUCUUGACGGCAGCAUGAAGUACGCGGACAGACAGAAGACGGUCGACGAGUACAACUCCGAUCCCAAGCAGUUCGUCUUUCUCAUUUCCACCAAAGCCGGGGGCGUCGGGCUCAACAUUACCUCUGCGAAUAAGGUCGUCGUCGUCGAUCCGAACUGGAAUCCCAGCUACGAUCUUCAAGCGCAGGAUCGGGCGUACAGGAUCGGCCAGACGAGAGACGUGGAAGUCUUCCGCCUGGUGAGUGUUGGCACUGUGGAGGAGAUUGUGUACGCGAGGCAGAUCUACAAGCAACAACAGGCCAACAUUGGCUACAAUGCCUCGCUCGAGCGUCGCUACUUCAAAGGCAUUCAAGAUCAGAAGGAGAUGAAGGGGGAGAUCUUUGGGCUGGCAAAUCUCUUCGCCCCGUUGAGUGAGAAUGUCAAGUUGCGGGACAUUGUCAACAAGACAAACAUCGCCGAGACGCGAGCGGGUGUUGAAAUUGCGGGUCUGGACUUGGAAGCUUCGCAGGAAGACGACGAUGCCGAUGCCGAUCAGUUAUUCGCAGAAAAGACUCUCAACAAGGCGAUAAGUGAAUUGGCCGAGGACAUUAUCGGUGAGCCGAACGCGAAGAGGCAGGCUGCUGCCAAGACGGCGAAGAAGCAGGAUGCUGUGCAGGCCAUUCUCGCCAGUGCGGGGGUGGAGUACACGCAUGAGAAUGCGGAGGUGGUGGGCACGAGCAAGAUCGAAACGAAGAUUAGUUCGCGGGCGCACAAGGCCGGGAACAAUGUGGACAUGACUUCGGACUUUGCUUUUGCGAGAAGUCAGGAAGGGCAGGACGCGCAGUCUACGAAGCCGCCGGUUGGCGUGUACGAUAACGACGACAACGAUGAUGACCUUGACGGGGGUGACGGACUUGGAGUUGUGCACUACAAGUACCGGCCGCCGGAGGAUGUGAGACGGCGGCAAUUCUGCACCAUGGCGAAACAGUUUGGGUACGAUGAUGUGACGGAAUUCGCGCUGGUGGUGGAGGGGUGGACGCAGCGCCAACGGAGGGACUGUUUGGAGCGCUUCUAUCGUGACCGUAGGGCGCGAAUCGCGGAGUUGGCUCGGAUUUAG